AAGCAGCAGAGAGAGAUAGAGAUAGAGAGAGAGAGAGAGAGAGAGAGAGAGGAAGCAGCAGGUUGAUCAUGGUGCAGACAGCAGUUCGUGAUACGAGUGGAGCUGCCAUGAAGGGCAGUGUCAGCAGACAGGACGGCCCUGCAGGACUGUGGGACUCUGUGAAGAAAGCUGCCGUUGUCAUCGGAUCUGGAAUCUUAUUGUUGGCAGCGUUCGGCAACUCGCUGACAUGGCAUCUUCAGAGAUUCUGGGGAGCUUCAGGCGAUUUCUGGCAGGACAUGUGGAACCGGCUGUACGUGGCCUUUGAGGGUCACGAUACCGCUCUCUUCUUCUUGGGGACGGCGCUCAUCCCCACCGUGGCGUUCUGGACCCCGAAUUUUCUGCUGCUGUUGGCGGACACCACCGGUAAACCGUCCUUCAUCACCCGCUACCGCAUCCAGCCGGACAAGAAUAGCCCGGUGGAUCCAGCAAAGCUUCGUCAUGCAAUUAAGACCGUGGCCUUCAACCAGUUCAUCAUCUCGGGGGCCAUGAUGGUGGCGGUUUACUUGGUGAUGAGCUGGAGAGGGAACCCCUGUGGUCCCGAGCUGCCCACCUUCCACUGGGCCCUGAUGCAGUUUGCCAUCUUCUCCCUCGUAGAGGAACUCAUGUUCUACUACUCACACAGGCUCUUCCACCAUCCCAGCCUCUACAAGCAUUACCACAAACAGCACCACGAGUGGACCGCUCCCAUCGGCCUCGUCUGCAUUUACGCUCAUCCCCUGGAGCAUGUGAUCUCUAACAUGCUGCCGGUGGUGAUGGGACCCAUGCUCCUUAACUCCCAUGUGACCACCACCUCCCUCUGGUUAUGCAUGGUCCUGUGGAGCACCACCAUCUCCCACUGUGGAUACCACCUCCCCUUCCUGCCCUCCCCGGAGUUCCACGACUUCCACCACCUCAAGUUCAACCAGAACUUCGGAGUGCUCGGUGUGCUGGACCGGCUCCACGGCACUGACAGCAAAUUCCGGCAGACCAAGCAGUACGAACGCCACGUCGUGCUCGCCGGCUUCACCCCGCUGAACGAGAGCAUCCCUGACUCCCCCAAGAAGGGUCAGUGAUGACCCGCGACCCCUGACCUCUAAACCCUCAGGCCUCACCAAGUUUGAGAAUGUCACCGCGACACCUGAAGAUGAAUCUUCCAAAUUGAUCAUAAAAUGACGAUUACAAUUUUUAUCCAGAAAAGCUGUUGAUCAGACUGUGGUGAUCUGUGGUUUUAUUUUUACAAGAUGAAAUAUUUUGUUUUUGCACUUAACCGGAUGUGCAGGUUUCAUGCUGAAGUUUAGCCUCCUCUGUGGACGUGGCAGUUUAAAAGCCUCUCCUGAUUGGUUCACUGUCAGUUAUGUCAGAGAAGUCAGUAGUUCAGGGUUAUAAUCUAUAACAUCCUAUAAGUGAACAAGUUUGAAGAAGCUUUUAUUAGUUGAAGUGAUACAUGAUUAAAACUUAAAGUUGGAUCUUUUACUUUCAUGUGCAAUUUACUUUUUAUCCAUUUUGGAUUAUUUGGAUAAUUUCGGCAGAAAAAGAUUCUGGUUUUAAUGUUAAGUAAAACUCUGUUGUGGUGAUAAAACAAAUCACAAAUCUCCUCUAGUACUUUAAGUCUGGUUUAGUAACAUCUCACCAGUUUAGACUCAUGUUCACUUGCUGCUCAGACAAGGUUUGGGUUCUUGCACUUUUCUUUUCCAUGAGACUUAAAAUACUGAAUGUUAAAUGUGUCUUGGUGUAAUACAGAGGACUUCCAUAACAUUUGUAUUAAAAGGACUGAAUGUUGGGAAUAAAUGUUUAAUUAAUAAAAAAAUAAAGAUGAUGUUCCCUACUGUG